UGAAGACAGAUGAAAGGCAUCAUCUUUGAGCUGAAUUGGGUUCUUCUCACAACAAGGACCGUGAACUUUAGAGAAAAAAAAGUUCUGGAGCUUACUGACAGAUCUUCAGCAGUGAAUUACAAGCUGACCAACACUACUGUAUCUUCUUCGGUUUUAAAACGAGGAUGGACUCUCUAACCUGCCCAUUGAUCAACUGGCCUUUUACCACUUUUAACAUUGUGGCUAAUGUCACUUACAUCUUUUGCUUGGUCUGUCCACUUCAUGGAGAAAAGAUCAAGCAACCUCUGAAGCUUCUCCUGGCGUCCUUGAGUUGUAGUACAAUUGCUUUUGUGGUAUCAGGUAUAACACUGUUUUAUUCGAAUAACUUGUGUUUCAUACUUGCCUCUUUUGUGGUGUUUGUUUGCAAUUUUUCCGCUAGUGUGACCUCCUCCACUGGACUGUCCUUCUUUUACUACACCCAGGUUGUACCUGCUCAAAGGCUUCUCUUCAUUUUGAUUAAGAAAAAUAUCAACGCCAUCAUCUUCUGCAUUUUGCUUCUUGAAAAAAUAUUCGGUUUGUUUAUUGCUGGUGUUAUCAUUAGAGAAUAUCUCAUAUUACCUAAUCUAAUUUUGGAUGGUUUUAAUAACAAUGUAACAGCAUAUAAAGAUAUAGUAUGUUUAGCAAUAACUUCGCCUAAACCUUGGACAAAUAUGUAUAUCAUUGCUACUACCAUUCAGAAGGCGUCCUUCAUUUUCUGUCUGUGUGUUAUGGUCAUGUCCAAUGGUGCUACCGUGGUCUACCUGUACAGACACAUGCGGCGAAUGGUAGCAAAUGGACAGUCCCUCUCCUGUCCACGCUUCAGCAGUCAGGUGAGAGUCACCAUCACCGGCAUCCUUCAGGGAGUCCUGUGUGUGUUCUGUGCUGUGUGGACUGCACUCCAUUCUUUUACCAAGAACAUUCCAGCUACAUCCAGCAAAGUUUGUGCAGAGUUAACUGUCAUCAACUUGUACAUGGCAGGCACCACACUCUGCCUGGGAGCUGGUCAGGCUGUAUUCAGGCAGAGAGUCGCAGACAUCUGGACCAGAGCAGCUCAGAGCUGCAAAGCUCCUAAAGUACAGCAGUCAGAGCGAGGAGCCUGAUUCAGAAGCUCAAACCAGACGACCAGGACAUCUGUGACGCGGUCCAAGGACAAUAUCUUAAAAAUUUGCAUGGAAUAAAGAUUUCUCUGCAGGAGCUCAGUGACAAAUAUUAUAAAUAUCUGUGGAAGUUAAGUUUAAACUGAGAAUGCUGUGAAACAAACUGCUGUCUUUUAUCAUUCAAUCCCUAGUCAUGUAUUGAGUAGCUUUUAUUGUUAACUUAAUCUCAGAUGUAUGCAAAAGAUGUUCAUGUUUUUAUUUUGGUUGCUUGAUCUCUGUUAUAUGCAACGACUGACAAUUUAGUAGUUGGAA